AGAUGUUGGUUCUCAUGACAUGUUGACCAGGAAGCGUGGGGUUGCUCAGUUUGUCCAUUCUUUCUUAUCCUACGCAUCAAACUGUGCUCUCCACCCUGAAAAAGGAAAGAAGAGCUGUUUUCACACAGCACAGCUUUAUUCUGCUAAUCUUCUCUUCUUUCUCUGGAAGAACAGAAGGUUUCACUUUCUGGGGUUCCUCAAUACCCUAAAAAAAAAGAUUUUUAUUAUAUGGUUGCGUGACUUAGCAUGUGCUACCUCUAGUGUACAAAUGAUUCUCCUUUUUAAAAAAGAAUAUGGUAAUCCAAGAUUCAGUCAAUACCCUUUUCUUUCUUUCCUUUUUUAUCUUCCAAGAGUGUCCUAUAGUCAGUUCUAGCUGUUUUCUUGAACAGUAGCACAUUUGCGUGAAAGUAAAAAACAUUCUGGGUAUUGCUGUUUUCUUUGUUUGAGAGUGGUUUCUUGUGAAAAUUUGGUCAUAAUUGAACACAGCUCAGGGUGCUACUGUUCAUUACUAUUUUCUUGUUCCUGAUGUUUUUGUUGGGUUUUUGCUUUGUUUCUUGCAUGAAAAUGUGAGUGGGGUGGGCAGAGGGGCCAGCGGUUUUUUUUUUUCCAAUUAAUAUGCUGAUAAUGUUUGAUAGAAUUUUUUUGGGAAGCCAAAGUAGGUGAAUCACAUUCAGUAGAGUGUGAGAAAAAAGGUGAAGAAAUUCAAGAGAGGAUUUUGAGGGAUGAGUGUUAGCUCAGUUAGAGAAAUGAAUGACAGUUUAGCUAUAACAGCAUCAUCAUUAGCCAUUACUGAGAAAAAACCUCAAAGGCCUGGAGGUUUUGCGGGCAUUUUCUUUCAGCUCUUUGAUUGGAACCGUAGAUUUGCCAAGAAGAAGCUGUUUCCAAAGAAACUGCUUUCAUCAGCUCGCUUUAAAGAGGCUUCAAAGAAGUUUGGAGGGGAUGAGAAGCAGCCAAAGAUUCGUUUGAUUGCUAAUGAGAACAGUGGGGGUUUUCCAAAUGCAAAGAACAAUGGAAUGACUAAUGCUCGUUGUGAAAGCAAGCGCGAGAUGAAAGCUCCAAAUUUGGUUGCUAGGCUCAUGGGUUUGGAAUCAAUGCCUGCAGGACCAGGCGGUAAGUCCAAAAAGGCUUCAGCUUCUGGAAUUGGGAGCAAUAUGGCAGAGAAGCUUGGUGCUCAGCCUGGCGGAUCUGAUAAUGAAGAUAUGAAUUUUGAGAAGGCCGAAAUAAAGCGUGAAUUGAGGCCUCAAAAGCUUCAAAAGACAGGGCUGAGCGAGAGACGUCCGGUCAGCAGAUUUAGUGCUGAAGCAUUGCAGUUGAAGACUGUAUUAUCAAGGCCAAGGAAACAUCAGCCUAAGUUGGUUUCCCCAGUAAAAAGUCCUAGAAAUGUUUCUGGUAGGAAUGCAUCUAGGUUGAUUGGGGCUGCAACUAGAAUUUUGGAACCGGGGUUGCAAAAGAAUAGGGCGAAAUGUGCUCUCACUUAUCCUAGAUAUUUUUCUCCCUUAGAGGAUAAAGCAGAUUUUGCACCACACCAUUCGGAAUGCCCUAAUUCCUAUGUGGAUUCAAAGACUUUGAAAGGAGCAUCUGUGCCUUCAUGUAAAAAUUGUGGUUAUUUGCUUCAUAGUAAGAAUGGUACACCAAAUGUGGAUGAACACCAACACCCAUCGUCUGUUUCGUCACCUGUUUCCAGUUACUCUGAACCUUCUUGUCAAGGUCCAGGAAUAAAUAUGCCAAGGUUGCCCAUUUUUGGCAGCAGGAAUCAACAAGAGAUAGAAAUAGAUGAUGUAUCAUACUGUACAGAACUCAUAUUGGGCAAGAGACCUAUAAGCAGAAGUCAAAUAGAGAUGCAUGGCACCCGCAAAGGGAGCAAUGUGAAGAAGGAUGUAUCAUCUGUCACUCAUGUGCAUAAGCAGAAGCAAAGUCAAACAUCUCAGUAUAGAGAGAGAGGUCUUAUGAAGUCUAAGCCAAGUAGUCUGCAGAGCAACAAAGUUUUAGCAGCUACAGAAUCUACGAAUAAUACCAAAAAUUUUGUUGCACAGAACAGAAGGUUAGGUGCAUCCAGCUGCAAGUUUGAAACUGAAAGAAAACCUUAUUCAAGGAGAAGUGAUUGCCUCUCUCCGGUGCGGAAGAAGAGAUUGAUGAAUGUCUCUAGACAAGGUGAAAGUUCUGUGGGAAGAGAAUCAAGACCUUGUUCAGACAAAACAAGUAGAAAAGAUGUUGUUUUUCCGAUUUCCUCUGUUGAUAAGCACUCCACUAAACCAAAGCUGCCAUGUUUGCGAGAAAGUGGCACAAUCAAUGAUAGUUCUGAGGGAAGUAAUGUUGUUUCAUUUACAUUUAAAUCUGCGAUGAAGCAGAAGGCUGGCAUUCAUGGAGAAGUCACAAAAAGGAAGUCUCAACAUAGCUCAAGUUUUGAUGCUACUACAGGGAGAUCCUUCUUUAAAGGAAAUGAUGAAACAGCAUGCUUGCAGAAAUCCUUUCCUUUGAAAGGGGACAUUUUAGGAGCACUUUUGGAGCAAAAGCUAAAGGAAUUGACUAGUGAAGAAGAGUUCGCAGAAGGGGGUGCUGCACCUAGAAAAAGCACUGCAACAAUCCUUCAGGAGCUAAUAACAGCUUUGAAUGCAGAGAGACAAUUUCAUCUGGAUAGUUUGCCUCUUAGACCUAGCAGAAAAGAAGAAUUGUGUGGUGAUGGUGACGUGUCUUCUAGAAAUACUUGCAUGAAUUUCCAGUCCACACCAGAUUCGGCAACUGUUGGCAAUUCACUUGAUAUUGAUCACCGUAGUCCAGGAUGUGUUCUUGAAGCUACCUUUUCAAAUGACAGCUACCUCUCCAGCAGUCCCAAUAGUAGCUCAAGUAUGGUCCACCUCUCCAGCAGUCCCAAUAAUAGCUCAAGUAUGGUCCACCUCUCCAGCAGUCCCAAUAGUAGCUCAAAGGACAAAUUGCUUGCUGAAUCUGUGGACUCUAUCUCUGAUGAACCCCUCUUUCCAGAACCUGAUAGAGAUCUUUCGGAUUGUGCAACCUCUUUAUUCACCAGGAGGAGUUACAGAGCACUGAUCACAGACCAUGUUAACAACAUUUCUAGAGUGCUAAGCAAGAUUGAUCAGUUAAAAGGAAGCAAACUCAGUUACGCAAAAGAGGUCGUUUUGAAUACUGAACUCAUAUUUGGAGCUACAUGUGAACAACAGGCUCUACCUGUAGACGAUGGGUUCUCUCUGAACCAGUUUUUCCUGAAUGAACUUGAAAUGCUAUCAAGUCUUCUAUGGAUGACGUUUGGUCAGCUGCUUGGCUGUAAUGACCCAAAACAGAUGAGUCAGCUUAAAGGAUUUGCCUUUGAUUGUCUAUUAGAGUACCUAGACUCAAAAUUUGGUCGAUACUCUGAUUCUGGUUUCAGAACCUGGACUAGACUGCCAUCAAGUAUGACUAAAGAGAUUCUAAUUGCUGAUAUUAUUGAAGAGGUCAAAGAGUGGACAGAAUUUGUUGGGUUGAUCCCCGACGAGUUAAUAGAAUGGGAUAUGAGCCAUUCUUUGGGUAAAUGGACGGAUUUUGAGAUUGAAGAAUUUGAAUGUGGCACUGAAGUUGAUAGGCAUAUUCUCCAAGUAUUAGUAGAUGAAGUUGUUUUAGACCUCUACGGUUCUAGUUAAAUUUAGUAAGCCUAUCAGUGUUCUCAUGUGAUAACUCUCGCCUCAAUAAUUUCAAGCAAAGUAUUUUGUACAAAUCAAUAGAUUCUUCUGCA